AGUCACUCGCCCACCUGCCAGGGCCUCCCAGGGCAGCCAUGAAGUCCCUUGUCCUGCUCCUGUGCCUCGCUCAGCUCUGGGGCUGCCACUCUGCCCCACCCGCCCUGGGUAUGAGCUACAGGGAACUGAACUGCGAUGACCCAGAAGUGGAGGAAGUGGCCCAGGUGGCUGUGGACUACAUCAACACACACCUGACAAGGGGAUACAAGCAUGUCCUGAACCAGAUCGACAAAGUCAAAGUGUGGCCUCGGCGACCCACUGGAGAGGUAUUUGAGCUUGAAAUAGAUACCCUGGAGACCCUCUGCCAUGCUAUGGACCCCACCCCCCUGAAAAACUGCUCUGUGAGGCCGCUGAAAGACCACGCUGUGGAAGGAGACUGUGAUUUCCGUGUGCUGAAGCAGGACCAGCAGCUUUUUGUGUUGUAUUCAAAAUGCCAUUCCAGUCCAGACUCUGCCGAGGACGUCAUGAAAGUGUGCCCAGACUGCCCCCUGCUGGCCCCAGUUAACAACUCCAAGGUUGUGCACGCGGCCGAGGCCGCCCUGGCCGCCUUCAAUGCUCAGAGCAAUGGCUCCUAUUAUCAGCUCGUGGAAAUCUCCCGGGCUCAGCUUGUGCCUCUUCCAGUUUCUACCUAUGUGGAGUUUGCAGUGGCUGCCACUGAUUGUGUUGCUAAAGAUGUCACUGACCCAACCACCUGCAACUUGCUGGCAGAUAAGCAAUAUGGCUUCUGCAAAGCAACCCUCACUGAGAAGCUUGGUGGAGAAGAUGUGGCGGUGACAUGCACAUUGUUCCAAACACAGCCUGUACUUCCGCAGCCUCCACCAGAGGGAGCAACUCCCCCCGUUGCCGUGGACGUAGCUUUGCCAGCACCUGCCGUACCUGACCCGCCAGUGUCUGCCCUGGUGGCAGCGGGUCCCAAGGUGGUCCCAGUGCACCAGACACACUAUGACCUGCGCCAUGCCUUCACAGGGGCAGUCUCUGUGGAGUCCACCUCAGGAGAAGCAUUCCACUCAGUGAAACCACCUGCAGUGGGGCCUGGUCUAGUGGUGCAGGCUGGUCCAGUGGAGGGGCCUGGUCCUGUGGUCCGGCCAUGCCCAGGCAGGAUCAGACACUUCAAGAUCUAG